GCUGCCCGGGCGCCCUCCGGCCUCUCGGGCAGCGCCCCUGCCCGGCCGCAGUGGAUGUGAGGCGGCUCCUCCUGCCGCUCUGCUCCCGAACUUUGCGAGGAGGAGCUGUAAUCAAAGUUAAGGAUUAGCGUUUGGGCGCAGAGAAACUUGAGUGUCCUUUGUAGGAGGGACUGUUGAGACAGCAGUGUUUUGUUAAGUGCCUGCGCCUGAGCGAAAAUGAGCUCAAAUUCUGAUCUUCCAUCAAGUCCCUCUCAACCACAACUGCAUCUUGGAAGGUCUCAGCUGAACGCUGCUGCUGUGGACCGUAGUGAGAGCAGUCAUAAAUCUGGACCACCCUCAGGAGAUGCUGCAACUCCUUCUUCAGUUCCAGGCUACUCCCAUAGCAGGGAGAAAGCUGAAAAAAAUGAGACCAUGAAGGAAGAACCUGAAGUGCUCUUUGAGGAACUGCUGGAGAGGGCCAAAGCCGGAGAACCAAAAGCACAAACAGAGGUGGGGAAGCACUUCUUGAGAUUAGCAGAAGAGGAGGAUGAAGAACUUAACAACUGUAGUGCGGUUGAUUGGUUCAUCCUUGCUGCUAAGCAAGGUCGAAGAGAAGCUGUUAAACUGUUGCGUAGAUGCCUAGCAGACAGAAGAGGCAUCACUUCUGAGAAUGAGCAAGAAGUGAAAAAACUAUCAUCUGAGACUGACUUGGAGAGAGCUGUGAGAAAAGCUGCCUUAGUCAUGUAUUGGAAAUUAAACCCUAAAAAGAAGAAGCAAUUAGCAGUUUCUGAACUACUGGAAAAUGUUGGGCAAGUUGAUAAUGAAGGUUUGUUUAUGAACUGAUUUAUGGUAUUGAUG